AUGGCAAAAUCAAUGGAUUUCUGUGUUUUCAGCGUCCUGGUGACGGGAUCCGAUCGGGGGAUUGGUCUGGGUCUGGUGAAGAGGUUUCUGGAGUUGCCAUGUCCACCCAAAUGGGUCUUUGCUACAACCCUUGACCUGGAGGGAGAAGAAACCAAGGAGGUAAAAGAGUUGGCAUGCAGACAUCCAAACUUGGUGUUAUUGCAACUAGAUGUCACAAUUCUUGAGAGCAUCCAGGCAGCUUUAAAAGAAGUGGAAAAGUGUGUUGGAGAUGGUGGGCUGACACUCCUAAUCAACAAUGCUGGCCGUUGGUUCUUUGAAGACCUAGAAAAUGAAAAUGCCAAGGAUAUGCAGACUUUAUAUUCAGUCAACACCAUUGGGCCACUGCAAAUGAGUCAGGCCUUUCUACCCCUCUUGAAGAAGGCAGCCCGGAAGAGUCCAAGGCGAGGGCUGAGCUCCAGCAAGGCGGCUAUUAUCAAUAUAUCCAGUACUCUUGGCUCAAUGGAGGUUAUGCUUAUUUGGGAGAAAGCACAAGUGGUUUCCUACCGCUGCAGUAAGGCUGCUUUAAACAUGCUCACCAAGUGCCAGUCACUUGAGUAUUCAGCCAGUGGGAUUCUGACGGUAGCCAUCCAUCCUGGUUUGCCGGAAAUCACCGUGGAAGAGAGCACACAAGGCAUCGUGACUGUGCUGUCCAUGCUUUCCGAGGAGGACAACGGGACAUUUCUGGAUUGGAUGGGUCGUAAUCCUCCCUGGUGA